GUUGGGGCACACAGGAAGUUUACCCCAGACAGGAAGGGCAGAGGGGUCAGGAGUCCGCUCACUUCCUUUUUCCGGAGAAGAUUCUGGAGGGCGAGGAGGGGCCCAUCUGAGCCUGGGGGUUCAGCCUGGGGUCUGGGUGUUGCUCAGCUUCACGGCCAAAGGUUCCCGGGACGGCCACGCAGAAGACGGCGCCCUUGACGGAGGCCAUGGAGGGAGGUCCUGCCGUCUGCUGCCAGGACCCCCGAACAGAACUGGUGGAGCGAGUGGCCGCCAUCGAUGUGACCUGCCUAGAAGAGCCGGACAGCGGCCCUGAGCCAGUCAGGACUGGUGUGGCACCUCCGCCGCGGCCCAGGGCAGCCUCCGUGAUCCCUGGCAACACCUCAAGACCCCUGCCGGCCCGGCCCAGCCUCUCCACCAGGAAGUUCUCACUGCAGGAGCGGCCAGCUGGAAGCUGCCUGGAGGCCCGGGCUGGGCCCUACGCAACAGGGCCUGCCAGCCACAUUUCCCCACGGACCUGGCGGAGGCCCACCAUUGAGUCCCACCAUGUGGCCAUCUCAGACGCGGAGGACUGUGUGCAGCUGAACCAGUACAAGCUGCAGAGUGAGAUAGGCAAGGGGGCCUACGGCGUGGUGAGGCUGGUGUACAAUGAAAGUGAGGACAGACACUAUGCAAUGAAGGUUCUUUCCAAGAAGAAAUUGCUAAAGCAGUAUGGCUUUCCACGUCGCCCACCCCCAAGAGGGUCCCAGGCUGCCCAGGGAGGCCCGGGCAAGCAGCUACUGCCAUUGGAGCGGGUGUACCAGGAGAUCGCCAUCCUGAAGAAGCUGGACCAUGUGAAUGUGGUCAAACUGAUUGAGGUCCUGGACGAUCCAGCUGAGGACAACCUAUAUUUGGUGUUUGACCUCCUGAGAAAGGGACCUGUCAUGGAAGUGCCCUGUGACAAGCCUUUUCCCGAAGAGCAAGCCCGGCUGUACCUGCGGGACAUCGUGCUGGGCCUGGAGUACUUGCACUACCAGAAGAUUGUCCACAGGGACAUCAAGCCGUCCAACCUGCUGCUGGGGGAUGACGGGCACGUGAAGAUCGCCGACUUUGGAGUCAGCAACCAGUUUGAGGGCAGCGAUGCGCGGCUGUCCAGCACGGCUGGGACCCCGGCGUUUAUGGCCCCUGAGGCCAUUUCUGAUUCUGGCCAGAGCUUCAGUGGGAAGGCCUUGGACGUGUGGGCCACCGGCAUCACUCUGUACUGCUUUGUCUAUGGGAAGUGCCCGUUCAUUGAUGAUUACAUCCUGGCCCUGCACAGGAAGAUCAAGAACGAAGCUGUGGUGUUCCCUGACCAGCCAGAGGUCAGCGAAGAACUCAAGGACCUGAUCCUGAAGAUGCUGGACAAGAACCCUGAAACUAGAAUCGGGGUGCCAGACAUCAAAUUACACCCCUGGGUGACGAGGAAUGGGGAGGAGCCUCUGCCCUCAGAGGAGGAACAUUGCAGUGUGGUGGAGGUGACCGAGGAGGAGGUCAAGAACUCGGUCAAGGUCAUCCCCAGCUGGACCACGGUGAUCCUGGUCAAGUCCAUGCUGAGAAAGCGUUCCUUUGGGAACCCGUUUGAGUCGCAAGCACGGAGGGAAGAGCGCUCCAUGUCAGCUCCUGGAAGCUUGCUACCGAAAGAGACAUGUGGUGAAGGAGGCAAGAGCUCGGAGCUGCCCGGUGUCCAGGAAGACGAGGCUGCAUCCUGAGUCCCUGCAUGCGCCCAGGGCCGGUCGGCAGCACGCUCACCCUGCGCCUCCAGAGGCCCACGGCCCUCCCACAACAGCCGCCCCGCCCCCGUGGGCAGCGGGCUGGGGACCACACCCCCUCUCCCGGCUCCUCCUCCCCCGUCGUGCUGCAUGAGCUCGCGCAUGCACGUCCAGGGACAACAUCAUCGGGACACGUGUCAUCCGGGGCUUCGCCAUGGUGGUGGUUGGGGGGUUGGGGCCGAGUGCACUCUCCCUGGCCUGACCCACCCUGCAGUGGAGCCAGGUACCCAGAGCCUGGCUGGUUGGCAAGGCCUGGGGCAGGAAAAACCCAGAGGGCAGGUGGAGGCCUGGCUUAGCACCAGUGUAGAGCCCUUGUGUGGAGGAGUGCCAUGCCCCCCUCAGAUGUGGGCCUGGAGGCUCUGUCUGGCAGGUGUACCUGGGCCUCACCAGGCAGAGGGCCAGUGUGCUUUAACCCAAGGGGUGGCAGGAGAAGUCCCCCUGUGUGGGGAUGGCCAACAGCUUUGCAUCGUUCCCAGCAUGUGACCAAGAGGAUUGAACUGUGUUUCAGUACCCAGAAAUUGGGCUGAACCGAAAUGAGA